CGUUAUUGAGCCUUUACCGAGCCAGUCAGGCGCUGCUGCCAAAAAGUGAAGGAGACAUGAAACGCAACUUUUCUACCCCAACCCCCGAACCUCCGCAAAACGACACCAGAUCCCGGUCAGAACGCCAGAUUUUGGAGAGGCUGGGCCAGUGGCCUGGCGCAGCCUCAGUAUGCGACGCCGAAUUGGGUAACUGAAGUAUCCACCACCACGACCUGCACAGCAGAAGAUGGAAGAAAAGUUGCGGUAUUUAUCUAUCUUCAUGCUAACAGACUUGCUAACCAGCCUCCUCAAUUGCUUAUAUAACGACGCCCAGCUUUCCUCCCACAGAGCUCACCUUGUGGCUGUCAAAAUCAAAUUCUAUUCGUCUCUCAUACACUAUUCUCCACACUACUCCCUGAUUAUCUUCAAGCAUCUCAACGACUACUUUCUCACUUCUUUCAAACCUACGUAUUCAUCAACAUGUCCAACAAUAUGAACUUCGACUUCAGCAUGUUCUGCAACGACGACUUUCUCCUCCAGGACUGCGACAUUCCUCUGCUUUCCGUCGAGACAUCUGGUGAAGACGUCGCUCUCAACUUCAACUACAAUUUCAAAGCUCAAGAUCUUACCGCCAACAUGUCGUUUGGGCUUUCCGGCGGUGACCUCCUGGGUGACGCCGGGCAUCUACAAGGUGCUGAGUCGGCGACCUGUGCUCUCCUCAAGGCCACUGAGAACUUCCCCGCCUCCACUUUGCCUGCCGCUCCAGGGCCUAUUGAAGCAAUGUGGGCGCCUCUCAUGAACCCAACUCUGGCCACCCCGGAGAAGAAGACUAAGGCUCCCGCUAAACCUCGCAAGCCUCGCGCAUCCAAGCCCAAGGCUGCUCCCAAGGAGAAAGCGCCACCCAAGCCCAAGGUCCCCAAGGUCCCUAAGGUCCCCAAGGUCCCCAAGGCACCCAAGCAGAAAGCUGCCAAGGUCACCAAGCCCAAGAAGCCAGCAAAGGCUCAUAAGCGCACCGUCUCUGCACCCUCCGGUCCCCUUCGCUGUGUGGGAGAGCUGUACCACCUCCCCUGGUCUCAGCUCACUCAAGAAGAGAAAGGCCGUCUUCUACUUCCUCUCCUCCAGGGCAUUGAUCCUAGCACCGGUAUCAAGAUCGGCGAGCCCGGUUCCCUACUUCCCCCACCUGACUUCGAGAUGAUCGGCGAAGACGUCUUCGGCACCGGCGACAGCGGCGACAAGUUCAUGGGCACCUCAACCUCUCCCCCAGAGACACAGCGCAACAGUCUCACAAUCACACCUUCGAGUCCAAGUGCAUUCCUCAGUAGCCCGGCUGCCGCUACUACCACCCGCGACAUCGACGCCGAGGACGCCGCCAAGUACCACGCUCUCAUGGCAGCUCAAAAUGUGCAGUCGCGUCCGGCCAAUUCUACCAUGUCUAACGCCAACAUUGACAACGCAUACGAGCCUUUGGGCAAUGACUUCGUCAACAUGGACUACUGCCUCAACAGGGACAUCAACACUGCCGCAUCCGACUUUCAGUUCUCCGUGCCUGAGCUCCAGUUCGAUUUGCCCGAGUUCAACCUGCCAAAGUUCAACUUCACCAAUACAUUUCGUCCUGCUUCUCAAGGUCUCGGCGGCUCUUGUGGUAACGGCGUCAUCGGUGACUCAACUACGGCUCCGGCGGUUCAGCAGCCUACUUCUCCUGUCAAUAACAACAACAACGACUUCGCCGACGCUACCGCCCUGCUGAAUGCCCGUCGAACUGGUAAUUUCAUCGGUCAGAUCCCCACUCCUUCGAGCGACUAUGGACGCAUCCGCCAGCAGGAGGCUCUCAAGCGCAAUGCUAUGCUCCAGGCUGCUGGUCGUCGUCGCUAGAUGCUUUGCGCGCUCGCUGUUGCAUGGUAUCAUGCCAUGUAUCUGCUUUUCUUUCUUUUAUUGCCUUGAUGGCGCGGAUGCGAGGGGUCUUCUGGCUAGAACUGAAGGGCGCAUUGCCUGGUUGGUUGGUAUGGAAUUUGGUGGUGCUUACUCAGUAUGAGAUUGACAUGGAGAUGCAUGGACGCGGAAUGGACGUGGAUAUGGAUACUGAACGCUCACAUCGCAUCAUCGCUGAGCAUCGGAUGAGCAUGAGCAAGAACAUCAAUAGAAG